AUGACAGCACAGACAAUUCCUGCCACCUCACAAAUAACAUAUUCGAAGGCAAUAUCAAGCACCUCGAUCAGGUUUGAGUGGUCCAGUGCGCAAGGAGCCGAUAGUUACAUUUUGGUGGUGAAUGGAACUUUCCAUCCUGAGACUCAAAACUUUACAUACACAACGCUAAAUGGACAGGUAGACAACCUCCAGCAAGCCACUUCAUACAGCUGUUACGUUUAUUCCUCCAAUCCUGCAGGACUCGGUGCCAAGAGCCUUGUCAAAACCAUCAGAACGUUGGUGCAGCCACCGAAUAACGUGGCCGUGACAGAGUUAACUCAGGGCAUGGCUCGCGUAACAUGGAACAGUGUUUCAGGCGUUCUGCUCUACCAGAUGUCAGUGACAGCCAAUAACAAGCCGGGAUUUCCCCCGGUUCUUAAGAACGUCUCUGGUACCGCUAUGAAUAUCUCAAACCUGGAGCCGUGUACAACAUACACAAUAGGGGUUGCAUCCAUCAACAUGUUCCUGGAACCAGGAGAGUCCACCAACUUCACCUUCUUAACUUCCACCAUUUCAACAGUUUCCUCCAUCUCUGUGGAGUACAGCUGUCUUACUUCUACAGCAAUAGUCAGGUGGGAUGUGGUUUUUGGUGCCACAUUGUACCGCGCCGUCAUUACAGAUGGUCAAGGCCGGUCUUUUAACUGCACUUCCACGAACUCCACCUGCCAGUUCUUGAUGCUGGUCUGUGGAGAACGAUACACUGUACGGAUUACAGCCAUUGGUAAUUGUGAAAGCACUUCUGACGGCACCUACGUCUUUGAGACAGCACCCUGCCCACCCAAAGCCCCACAGCUGUACCGUGAGUGUUCCACUAAUGUCAUCUUGUUCUCGUGGGAUUCCACCAACAACACGGCUUAUUACUUCGCCAUAGCUGUGGACUCAGACCAACUGGUAACUGAAUGCCUCACUGUGGACACCUCCUGUUUUUUCACCGACACCGUCUGUGGUAAAACCUACAGCUUCUAUGUCAGAUCCAUCUACACCGGAGGACUAGACUGCAACACUGGAUACACAGACGGGGUGGUGAUCAAAACGGCCCCAUGUUUACCGCAGAACAUUUACACAACAGCAAACUGUGCUAGCAUCAGCAGUGCCGUCAUUACUUGGCAUGAGGCCGCAGGAGCCAAGACCUACAUUGUGGAGGCCCGCGGCAAUCGUAAAGAUUUCUACAACUGUUCGUCUGCAAACACAAGCUGCACGCUAACAGAUCUGGAAUGCGGAGAGAGCCUGAGCGUGUGGAUUGUUGCCACAAAUGGUGACUGUACUACUGAUCCUGUGCUGGGAGAGGUGGCAGAGACAGUUCCGUGCAUACCUCAGAACGUGUCCGCUGUGAAGACUUGUAGUUCAGAGUCUGCCUCUCUCACAUGGAACAAUGCCAAUGGUGCCGUCUUGUACAUUGGAACGGCAACGCACAUAGACGGUACAGUUCACACCUGCGCUGCCAUGGCGCCAGAGUGCACAUUCCCAAACCUGCGAUGUGGCGAGACAUAUGAUGUGAAAGUCAAAGCAACUAACCUGCAAUGCAACAGUUCUGAGAGUCAACAUGUCACCCUGCAGACGGCUCCAUGUGCUCCAGUCAGAGUGGGGGUCACUAGAGACUGUGCAGCGAAUCACGUGAUAGCAAGCUGGCAGGCCCUUCAGGCUGGGAGUCUGUACACGGCAGUACUGCAGGAUGAACAUGGACCCACAGUUAACUGCAGCACCAGCUCUAACAACUGCACAUUCACAGACCUGCUCUGUGGAAUGAACUACAACCUCACAGUCACAAGGAAUGAUGGUCAAUGCAGGAGUCUGCCAUCCUCAUCCAUUCAGAUACAGUCAGCGCAGGAGCUAAUGGGUACACAGCAAUUGCAACAGACAGGCAGCAGCAACGUUUAG